AUGCUGUUUAAAAAGCUGAACGAACGUUCACUUUUCGAGUUAGUCCUGACAACUAUCAUUCAGGACAAAUUAUUGUUGGUGCGCGAUCUACUGACUGGUCACCAAUACCCGAGCUUCCCGGCUGGGUCCAAGUUGAGGCUGGUUGUGGACGAAGCCCAGAUUCUGAGCGACAAGGGCAGUACAAAAUUCCGUUCUUCUUGCCUGGAAACCGAUCCACGACCAAUGUUGUGCCCUGUCCUAAAUGGCUUUCGAAACGCUGGCAGUUCAAAGGAGCUUACGAUCGUCUACUGCGGGACGGGAUUAAGCAUGAAGACUCUCCAUUGGGCACUGAGCAGCGGCGAUGGCGUCAAGGAGUACGGUUCGAGUACCUUUCCAUACAUCGAGUUUCCAGGAUGGAGAGAUCCAGAUUCUGUACAGGCUUUUAUCGAUCGAAUGAAGGAGCAGCUGCAAGACGACGGUUCAAAAAGGUUGGUGGACGCCCUAAUCCCUCCUGCUGCGGUCAACAUGCUCCACAAGAGGCUUACCGGGAGGUUCAGACCGAUCACGACUGCUAUCGAAGGAAUUAUCACGACAGGAGUGCCAGACACAUGGGAAAAUGCAAUCGACACCACCGAGACCAUGAUCACAUCAUGGAAACAACGAGAGCGUCGAGGAAACCUAUGUGGAGAACUCAAACGACUGGAGAGCAAAAUGAUUGAACAUCCAGGCCUUUUCAAGAACUUGUCCUCCAUCAGGAACAAUCUUGCGCUGUUUCUUUUCCGACACAAUCUACUGGACGCCACCGAGAUCGUACUCGAAAACGAAGCGCACCUUAUUGAGGCAGCGUUUGGUCGAAUCAAGCUAUUUGGAGGUGCUGCAAGAACCGUUCUGGACGAACCUUUUAUGCUCAAAGCUGUCAAGGCUUUUUUUCACGAAAGCGAUCCUCUACUCUUGGCCGAUGCCGAAUGA